AUGAAAUCACACGUCCAUUCCGAUGAUGAGACUGAUCAAGAAAAGCCCCCCGCCAAGAGAGCUCGUGCGAAGAAAAAGUCAGUCGAGGAACGCAAAUCGAUUCUGGAGGAUGAUCAAUGGGUCUCGAAAGUUGUGAAUGACCGUGAGGUUAAAUGUGGUGGAUGUCUCAAACCAAUUAAGCUCGGAAGGUCAUAUGAGCUCAAGAAUUGGACCGCUCAUCGUCAAGCAUACCUACGCCCCUACAAUGAAUUGAAAUGCUUUGUGAAGCUCAAUAACAGUGACACUAUUACUUCAUUCUUCAAGAUUGCGCGCAAACCCACUCACGCUUCUGUUUCUCAAGAAUUGUCAGGGAAAUUGGAAGGACCUACCAUCUCAGCAAAGAAGUUCACGAUGAAGACUGUCAAAGCUGAGCCAUCGAUUCGGUCUAUGCUUUCUCCAUUGAACCCAGCUGAAAAUGUAACAUCAAGUCCUAUAAAGAAAAAAGUCUGUGUACAUCUCAGAAGUCCUCAGUAUACUGCCUAUCUCGAGCUGACAAGGACUCAAACGUUCGGAGGUAUAUCCUCUCAAGCUUUCGCUAUCAUCAUGAACCCCGAUGAUGAGGUGAUCCCGGUCCCUAUUGACAAAUGUCUAGAUAGCGAUGUCAAUAAAUGGACAGAGACGGAAUGGAAAAAGGCAGUACUCACCAUAUCUGCAUUCGCUCGAUGGGAGGUUGAUAUUUCAGGAGGUUUUAUCGAGUCAACAGUUUGCGAGCUUCAGACACACAACAGUGAUGCUGUCUGCAAUUUGUGUAGGGCUAUCAGCAAGGACGAAUCAUUCAAGCGUUCAGUACAGAGGAAAAACCAUGAAGCAGGCUUAUCACUGGAAGAACGACUCAAAAAAUCCCGGCUCCGUGAAAUACACUCUAGUCUUACUACUGAUUGCCUCCAGAAAAUUGAGCAACACCAUAUGAAAGAUCUUCUUGAUGACAAGAUUCUUUUUGAUAUCAAUGACUCGCUCAAAACAGAUGAUCCUCACGACUGUUUUUUGCGCCUCUGGUCUCAUGCGAAAGAAGGGAAUCUUGGCAAACACGAACAUGUUGUUGAGAUUUGUGCCUCUUUGGAGGACAGAGUGAGGCGAGAGUCUUCAGAUAAUCCGAAAUUAAAAUAUGGAAUUCAAUAUGUGCAAAAUGUGAUCAACUACAUGAUGCUGAUGCGGGGGUAUGGUCACAACUCUCAUCAGCAAUACACUAUCUUCACAUCAACAUUUGGGGGUCCAAGCUCUUGCCAGCUUCAGUGA